AUUUGGACAUUUUCGCUUCAUCCAAUACACCAGCUAUACUGGCCGCCAUGCUCAAUCUUGUUGCUACUCGACUGAUAUAUAUCUAGACUACCCUCUAGUCACUCGUCAGGCGAACCUAAUUUACAGAGGAUCAUGGUUGUGUCCUGUAUCUUCGUACGAUGGAUCCUUUUUCCGAAGCGGAGAAAGGUCAGGCACCGACGACGCCUAUUUCCGGCAGUAGAGACGAGGGUGACCACUUAAAUGUAUCCUCAUUAGCCAACCAGCAGGCUAGAAACCCACGUCAAGAGGUUCUGGGGGAUAGUGUAGGGGACAUUGUUUCAAGUAUGGAAGUCUUAGCCGAGCCACUCCAUGGUUUGGCGAGAGCUGCCGCUCUUCAAAGCUGCUCAUACAACCUGAGCCACCAAAGACAAUUCAGCACUCUUUGGCAUCGACUCUUAUUGGAGCUUCAGAGGGAUAUUACUAAGUUGGAAGGAGUUUGGGCGCGACUAAACGAAAACGAUAGCGGAGUUCCCAUAUCCCAGUUACGGGAACAGGGCCUUACCGAAAGUAACGGCGGAAAUAGGGCAUCCAAUCACCCGCUAUUCCAGUCAAGUGCGGAGCAAGCUUGCUCCAGAGACCUCCUAUUCAAGAAAACGUUCGACAGACUAAAGCUCUAUACCGAAUCAGUACUCCUUGUACACCAACUUCAAAAACUGCCCCGUACAAGCCGCUGGGAAUGGUCGAGCCUAUACCAAACAUUCAAAGGCGAGAACCUAUUGAAAGAUAGCAGUUGGAAUUUCUUGUGCUUCCAGGACGACUUCUUGAGCACUCGAGCUGAGCGAGCCGACCGAACCUUUGCCGGUCUUGUAUAUGGUGAUGCGCCUCUCUCUAGGCUAUUCAGAUGGAUUUUCAAAAUAAGAAAUCGCGAAUGCAAGGGGAACGAAGCGAAAGCUAGGACAAUGAUCUACCUACACACUGGUGGCAUGGAGUCGCUCAAGAACGGUCUCGUGGCUACUGGAAGUGGUAUUAUCUUGAUGGUUCCAGUGGGAAUACUGCUUCUCCAGCCCAUGGAUAAAGUAACGUCGUUGGUAGUGGUGGUGUGUUUCGGAGCGGCGUUUAUCUUCGUCUUAAUGUUGCUGGGUAAAGGGUUGGACACGAUGCUCUAUAGUUUCUCAGCGUAUGUGGCUGUGCUCGCCAGUUUCCUAGCAAAUAUUCAGAGUAAUGGCACCCCUGCAUGCUAAUCUUGAGAGCACUGGAACAUGGUAGGGGUAGUCCGAGUGAAAAGAAAAUCGGCACUAUCCAAAGGCGCGGAACAUCGGUUUUGGGGAGCUGUAGGUUUACCUGGAUAGGUAUUUGCCUUAAGGUUAAUAGGAACGAACGGGCCUCUGUAGUCUUCUCGUAAUAGAGGCUGUUUUCUCUUUGAAGGGGGUGAAGUUGGUAACAAUAGCCAUGAACUCGUCUGUAACUGGUCAAAUUACCGACACAGCCGCGUCAAGCAUUUCGGUGAAGGUUUCUAGAAAUGAUUGGUUGGUUUGUCUUCCAUUCGGCGUCUAAAAGAAAACCCUGUAGCGGGUACCUUGUACCUUUCGUGUGGCCCCCUGUCUUUGUAUCUGGGCUACUUGUGCUACCUAGCUACGAAGCAAUCCGAGAGAAUUAAAGCACACUUACCGACUUUGGUA